CAACCCACCAUAGCCCCUCCUUUUUCCAGCUUGGCUCACAUUCCCUCUUUCUUCCACCACUCUUUAAAAACCCCUUUCUUUGAAUUCAUCUUCAUCUUCAUCUUCACCACAAAAUGCAGUCUAAAAGGCCACCCAUUUUCCAAAAGCUUUCAAGUUUCCUCAAAGUCUCCAUCUUUAUCGCUAAAAUGAAAAGACCCCUCAUCCCAAAGCUCCUUUUCCUCAAGAAAUCAUCUGGAACGAAGAAUUUUGAGCUUCUUCAGCACUAUAACUAUGGGUCGUUUGUUCGAGAUUUUCAAUUCUCCCCUUCCACCACUCCUCUGUUUCGGUUCAAUAACAGAGGCAGCCGUCGUGGCCUCCGCCGCUACGAUGUCUGUUCGGUGCUGUUUCCAUGUAGAUGUAUUAUUGGUGCUUCUGGAGGUGAAAAAAAGGAAAAAGAUGGAGAUUACGACGUGGAGGAAGCUUUUCCAGAAUCGUUGGAUUGGAGUGAUAAUGAUGAUGAUUCGAUUGAUCGGAGAGCUGAGAUUUUCAUUCAGAAGUUCUACGCGGAUAUGAAAAUGGAGAGGCUAGCAUCCAUUUGAAACUUAGGAAUUUUUUUCUUUCCUUUUUGAGUUAAAUUCUUUAAUUGGUUUGGUUGAAAUUUGAAAUGUUUUGAGUUUUUUGAUUUAGUCACUCGCUCCACUCAAGUUUUAGAAAUGGUGGAGAUUGGUAUUUGAAUUUUUGUGGUUUGGUUUUGUUCGUUCAUUAUAUUAU